CGUUGAUCGUCCGUCGCACAAUCAAAUCCACCACCACCACCCACCCCUUCCAGCCCUCUAACGUGCAACAUUUCGAUCGCACGACCAUCCAAAGAUGGACGUACACUCAGACUCAGACACCCAGGCCAGGCAGCCGAACAGCGGAUCAUGUGUGCAUUCAAUUCAUGUGUGUGUGGCCUCGUCUAUCUGCCACACGGAUCGAUCAAAAAGUGCCAUCACCGCCCGCCAUGCCAUUGUACAGAUCUGCACAGCAGCCCAGCCGAUUGUCUGAUUGCAUAGGCAGAGUAGACCGCCCCUUCUCCCCCCCUGUAGCUAGACCACACCUGCACGUGUGUGUGUAGUUGGUUGGUUGCACCCAAGAGAGGGAUGGACAGCCAGACGAGACAGACAGACAGACAGACACCAAGAAAGCAAAAAGGAGCAGCCCAUCCAUCAGGCACGGCACCCAAAAAAACGAAGCAAAGGGCAGCCAGGGGCCAUCUGCCAUCUCUCCCUCCCUCCUCACCCACCAAGGUUCUGCCGUCUGUCCGUCACACAUUCGGUCAUCCAUCCAUCCAUCCAGCCCAUUCAUGUGUGGUGUGAGUGGACGCGCUAGCCCAUGAAGUCCCCGUAGUCAUAGUUGUAGCUGCACCCUUCCUCGUCCCACUCGUCGUACGGGUCAUAUCCGCCGCCACAGAAGCGGGGCGCCGCCGUGCGACGCCGCCCCCCGCCCCCGCCUCGCCCUCCGCCGUACUUGGCCUUGCAGUAGUCGAAGAAACGGUUGAACGCCUUGAAGGACACACACAUCAUCCUAGGAUGGGUGUCUCCCUUGCCGCCUGGUGCAUGUAUUUGUGCAGCCGCACCCACCCCUACCCACCUUGCCCUUGGACGACUUGGUCGUGAGACGCUUGCGGCCCAACAACCACUCGAUGUAGUCGGGGUGGUUCCUGCCCGCAACCAAGCAUAUGCAUAUGCAUCCGUGCAAGUCAGUGUGUGUCCAUCACAUCAAUCUCCUUUUGUUUGCAUCAGCUCUUUCUUACUCCUCCACAAACUUCCAGGUCUUGCCCGCAUACUUGCCGAACCCAAUCUUGUUGUUGCCCUCGCUAUGCUCCGGCCGCCCACCGCUCCCAACGCCUCCCGAUGCCCCUGCAGACGUCCCCCCAGUCGAUUUCCGUCGACUGCGAUUCGCACGCGGAGGCGCUGUCGGCGGCGGUGCCUGUGCGUGUGCGUGCUGCUGUUGGCCAGGGCUGGGAGGGGGAGGUGACGCAUGGGUGUAAGUGGGGGGAGGGGGCGGGGGUGGGGGCGGGGCUGUGGUGCGUCGGCCGCUGGACGACGCGGCCUGAGGGCAGGUGCGGGAGGGGGUGGGCGGGGGUGGUGAGUAGUAGAAGUUGUAGGCAUGUGCAAAUGGGUUGCCGAAUGGGUAGUAGUAGGUGGAGGUGGGGGGGGUGGGGGCAUGUUCACCCCAACUGAAGACAGACAGACGACAACAAACACCGACACCGAUGAUAUGAGUGGUGGUCCGUCCUUCGUGCCUGUCUGUCUGUCUGCCUGUCUGUCUGUUUGGUUGGUUGGUUGGUUGGUUGGUGUGUUUUGGUUUUCUCUUACUUCGCACGUCAUAGCUGCGGCGUUGCGUAUCAUCCGAUAGGACCGUGUAGGCCUCCUGGACCUUCUGAAACGCCUCCUUGCUGCCACCUUUGUCAGGAUGAGCCUGCACUCACAGACAUCCAUCGCAUGCACCCCCUCCCUCCCUCCCUCGCUCACUCUGAGUGACGCCUUCUUGUAUGCCUUCUUGACCUCGUCCUUGGACGCGGUGGUCGAUAUGCCGAGCGUCAGGUAGUGGCCCUUCAUCCUGUCACCAACUCAACUACAAUCAAACUAAUGGUCUCCACCUGCAAACACGCAACACAACAGCCACACAGCCACCGUCAUGUCAUGCCCUGUGAGGUGGGUCCCAGCACUGCACUCUCUGCUUCCUCAAUGAAAUGAACCAUCCCCCCCCUCGGGGCCAUCGCUCCGGUCUUGCUGACGCGCUGUGUGGGUGGUUGGGACGUAAGCAUCCGACCAUAUCAACGCCAGGGAAGCGUUCUACAUGCC